GCUCCGGCACCUCGACCUCUGGGCCAGCCUCCAUGGCCAGGUUCCGGGCCUGCUGGACUGGGACAUGGGCAACGAGUCCUUCCUGGCCGUCACCGUGGCGCACCUGCCCUUGGCCGAGCAGCCAGUUGCCAGAUACAGACUUCGAAUAGUUGAGCCACCAAAAGUACCUGUGGGAAAAAUACCCAACUCUGACAAAGAUGGCCCAGCUCUUGAGCCCAACCUGUGGAUGUGGGUAAACCCCAACAUCGUGUAUCCCCCUGGAAGGCUGGAGGUCCCAGAACUUCGUAAGGGGGAGGGUCUCCCGGGCCCACCGCCCUCCCCUCAGCCGGGCCCCCCCAAAGAGGAAGACUCUGCCAGCUGCUCCGAGUCCACAGCAGGGGAGUCGCUGCCACCGUCCUCGCCCUCCAGCGAGCAGUCUCCCCCUCGGAAGCGGUCUGCCUCUUCCCCCUGCAACUGGGAGCUCACAGAAGAGGAGGCUGAAGACCAGGAUGACAGCUCCUCUGUGGCUCUCCCGUCCCCUCACAAAAGGGCCCCCCUCCAAAGUCGGAGGCUUCGGCAGGCCGGCAGCCAGGAGGGGAGGCUGUGGUCCCGGCCCCCUCUCAAUUACUUCCACCUCAUUGCCCUGGCAUUGAGAAACAGUGCCCCCUGCGGCCUCAACGUGCAGCAGAUCUACAGUUUCACUCGGCAGCAUUUCCCCUUCUUCCGGACGGCCCCCGAGGGCUGGAAGAACACCGUCCGCCACAACCUCUGCUUCCGGGACAGCUUUGAGAAGGUGCCGGCCAGCACGCAGGGGGCGCCGGGCGCACGGCCCCGCUCCUGCCUCUGGAAGCUGACGGAGCAGGGGCGCCGCCGCUUCGCAGAGGAGGCCCGCGCCCUGGCCGCCAGCCGGCUGGACAGCAUCAGGCGGUCCAUGAGCCGGCCAGACGUGAUGCCCUUCCUCUUUGACCUUUAAAUCCGAGAAACGGGAGUCAGCGGAUCCCUUAUUAAAGUUACCUGCAGCAGC